CGCCACGUGCCCACCACAGUAGUGCUCAACUAUUAAGCAUCUCAACAAAUUUUUAGCGGUGUUAAGUGUUAUCGCCAAUUAUACGCUGUACUGUGACGUCACAUGUAUGGUGAGGCAGUGGGGUGUAGCGGUUGAUGAUUGUGCUGACGCUGCAGGUAAAAGGGAGGAACGUGUGUGUUGGUGACGACGCCAGAAAAGCAUUACAGAAGUCAGGAUGGCAUUCGAGCUGACAGAGUACCCACCGAAGUCUUUCAGUGAUAAGUACCAGAAGUACUUAGCACCUCACGGGGUUCUGCUGUCACCCCAGCAGGUACUGAAAAACAAAAAACUGGGUAGUAACGCAGAGGACACCUUGCGUAAAGCCUUUAAGAUCACGGUGAAAAAGCUGAGGAAGAUGAGAGCUGCAUGUGCCAACUGCAACACAACUGAGGGUGUUGGCGUGGAGUGUGAGGGCUGUGGGGCGGUGCGCUACUGCAGCCUCAAGUGUCAGGACCAACGACGUCAACCUCACGAUCUCGUCUGUCAUCACCUAAAGGACGAACUCUUAGACCAGGUGGUGGAGUGCCUGCCAGCACCGGUGCCGCUGGGAAAGGAGGUGUUGCGGGGUGGUGGUGGCGUGGUAAAGGACUGGCAGGACUGGUUCACUCGUCACACAGUCAUCAAGGACAACGUGGUCACGGCGGCCACUAUCCUUACCCAGUGGUGGCCCUUUACCAGUCUUCCACACCCAGGGGAGGCAGCGCUCCAGUGUUCCCUGGAAAGGAUCGUGACCAAUGUGUUCAGCACGGUGCUCACUAUUGGUCACUGUCCCUAUUGGAUCCCGGCGCUACAACCCAACCUUCAGAACCUCCAACAGAUUCACAUCCACCUGCUGGGCGCCGAUGAACCGGAGGUGGGCGCCGUCCAGUCCGGCCUCAUACAGGUAGCAAGCCGCGUGUUGCGCCGGCCCCUAGUGGUGACCCUUGUGGCCCCUGACCUGACCCACCACCCACACACCUUCACCUGGACCACCACCCAUCCACUCCAGGUGACACCAACGGUGAAGGCCGUGGCUUACCCAGGACUCUACCAUGACUUCUGGAGGGAGCACAUAGCAACGACCGACCCCAAGGAAAAGGUGAGCAGACCCCACGUAGCCCUGGCCAUCCACCCUGGCGUCCACACGGACCAGAUGUUGAAGCUGUGGAUGCCCACACUACUUUUGCUGGCGUACGAGCGUGUACCCCUCGCCAUGACCACCUACAACCAAGCAGAAUUCCAUGAGACUCUCGAGAAACUGAAAAUUUUGAAGCCUAACAUCGUGUACAAGGAGAUGAAUCCACUACGCUCACUACAUGCCAAGCAGACGCCUUACGAACCUGACCACGUGUGGGCUGCUAACUCUUUCGCUAUUGCCAUCGACAACAGCAGCACCACCACCACCUCAUGAAGCCCAUCUGGACUGGUGCUUCUACACGUCUACCCCUGACUUUGUGUUGCUACAUCCUCAUAAUUUCUAGGCGUUUGUUUGGGCCGGGUUUUGAUAUCAAACGAUCUCACUUGUUAACACUUGCGGAAUGAGUGUAGAGUAGUCGCUGGUACCUUUGAUGAAGCUGGGUGAGAUAAUGGGUAGUCUCACGGCGUGUCACCUUUGAUACUGUCGUUGAAUCGUUGAAGCUUCCCAGCAGCCCUGGAUUAAACUUGUAAUUAUCUUAGCUUGUAAGUAUACACAAGUGUACACAGGUUCUGUUAUCUUCAUUUGUGGUUCC